AUGAAUGGAUAUAAAGAGUGCCUUAGGCUAUCUGUAAUGAGGUAUAGUAAAUAUCAAGGUCAAAUAUCUGCACCACAUGGAUUCGCUAGUGCAUUUGCACCACUUGAUCUCACAUUAUGGAGCCACAUCACAGGGACCUCGGAAUGCCCCAUGUUUUUGGUACUAUUGGUUACAAGUGACUCCAAAGCUUGUCGGUUAAAAAUAUUAAGCAUGCAAAUAGAGCAUGAAGACAUUUUAAUCAAAGAUAACACUAUUGUGUCUUUCGUUCAAUUCUCCGCACAAUCACCAGUUAUAUCAUGCAAGUAUCUCACGCAGGUUGACAAAUUUCAGUACUUGAAUCGCUUUCAAAUCGAGUUCAAUUCUAAUGAGUACAUGGUUGCAUAUGGUAUUCUGACUCAAAUUGGUUUCAAAAUUAAAAAGGCUCGAAGAGUUAACAGUGAAGAGAAUGAAGUUCAAGAUAAGUUGGCAACGUCCCAACAAUCCCAAAUGUUGAUAUUUAGCCAGAGAGAAAACAUAAUUCCAUCACCAAAUUAUAAAAAUAUUAAUAAUUUAAAUUACCCAAGCGGAGACCCUCCAAGACAUCGACAAGAUUUGUGCUCCACACAUAAAAACGUCGAUACUACGUUACUCAAUAGUUUGCCUUUAGUUCACAUCGGCGAUAAUUUACGAAAUAGUACAUCUUCAUCGGAUAAAACUCCUCCGAUUAAAAAGGGAGGGAAUCAAGAAAUUGUAAACGCCAAUCACAACAUAGUUAAACUUAGUGAUAAAAUCCAUCCCUAUAUAAUUCCAAAUGAAUCCGCUCAACUGAUCAUACCAGAAAUAAAGUUUGGCAACAUCAGCGACAUUAUUGACAGUGAAAAUAACGCACCCUUAAAUAAACAAUUCCUCACUACAGUAAACACAGAAGAAAUAUGCAACACAAACACAACAGAUGUCACCAAACAUACAAAGCCAGUUAUUACAAAGAGACUUUUAAAAAGAAAGUUACGAGAUAAGCUUUUUAUGAUUUGGGUGCGCCGAAUUGAGAAAUAUUUUAUUAACAUUGAGAAGAAAUCAAAACAUAAGUCGAGCAGAAAACACAACUAA